UGAGCAAGUUCACGAUCAAAAGGCUUAUAGAGCAGAACAAAUAAAGUUGAAACAAGUAAGAAAGGGAAUAAGAAACAAGCUAUCUCACAGCAGCCCGUCUGUUCAGCUAUAAAAACCUUGUACGCGUCGCCGUUCAGUGUCAUUCCUUAAAACUAAUUCAGCAGGAAUAAGUCGCAAAAUCAAAACCACAAUAACCGAAAAUGAAGCAAUUUUUGAAUAUCAAUUCAUCUGUUGUCAAUGGAUGUUCUUCAAAAGGCAAGACCAUCCAUGAGCAAUGCUCUCCAAAGGACAAAAUGGUAGAACAGGUAAAGGACACGCUUCUAGACCAACAUUUGGGAUACCCAGUACAGAAGGUGGUAGACUUAAACGAUCCACCGACGACCUCUAAUAAUGUGAAAAGGGUACGUGCAACAACGGCCAUUCCGCCAUCAAGUAUGGCAGCCAUACAACAAUCAAUGGUUUAUGCAAAUGCUAUUCCUAUCUCGCCACCGUCACUCACACCACCGAACUCACCAUUUGACCAACGCUAUGGAGACUAUACCAUGGACAGGAGGCUGCUCUAUGCUCAACCGCCGUAUGUGCCUGCGUAUCCACCAAAUUACCGACCCACUAGCCAAUAUACAAUACCAAUGAUGAAUAUGUUACACGCCCAACGACAGGUGCUUAUACCAGCACAGCCAGGAAUUGCCCAGCCGGGUUUCAUGCUACCUUACACCGCACUCCCAACGAAUUCAACAGCAGGUCAAUACUAUCAUACAAACGUCGCGCAGCCUUGGUCAAACGUAACCACAUCAGCACCUCCAUCACCGACAAGGGCACAUCAGCCUAAAGAGUGUGCAGGGAUGCCAAGAUCCAAGAGUUUCCCGGAUAGCACCACAAUGAACGCGCUGGUAACCCAAGCAAAUAAGGUUAACAAAACAUUCUAUCCAGAAGUUCAAGUUGUCUCAACAACACCUCAAUACUACAAUGAACCCAAAAAUCAAGCCAAGGUCACCGAAAAUCCUCGACCGCAACAAGCUGUCCAGCCAACUAUCUUUACCAAGCCUUCUUCACCAGCACCCACCGCGACAAAACCAUUGUUGCCAGAGGCGACGCCGUCCUCCGGCAACUCUACUAAGCGCAAAUCUAUCGAAUAUCUAGCCGAAAAGUUAACAGCAUCUGAAAAGAAAAUUAAAAUGAUGUCUUCCGCAUUUAAGUUAGAACAUAUAUUAAAGUAUCGGCCGAAUAUGGUACGCCAUCGCCCGAAGAAGGAAGAAUCGGCGGAGCAGCGACUUGCCCGUGAACGAAACACUAUCGCUUGUCGAAAAUAUAGACGCAUGCGAAGAAUUGCUAAAAUUUUGGAACAGGAAAUGGGUGAAGCAGAAUCAGUAAAUCAUAUCAUGGACGUUUUAUAAAGAAAAACCACAAUUUUGUAUAUUGUAAUAAAUACGUAUAUAUUUAUAAAGUUGACCUUUAUAUGUAUGCUGAUAUUAUGUGUAAAUAUUUUAUUGUUAUGUAUUUUUAAGUGACGCGAAAAUAAUGAAAGCCAUUAUUUGUUUAAGAGAAAUUUA